AUGCUGUAUGAGGCCGACUGCCUGCCAACCCUGAGGCGCCACUGCCUGCUGGCAAUACAGGUCACCCACUACCCCGACGAUGAUGUCACGCUCCUGGUGGCCACGAUCGACCACGUGGUGGCCGACUACCAGGCCUUCAUCGACUUCCUGUCAGCCUGGUGCAACGAGUGCAGCACAGCAACCAACACCACCACCACCACAACGGCUGCAGCUGGGCCCCAGGGCGUCAGCAGCACAAGUAGCCGCGCAAAGGGCGCGGCGGCGCCUCCGCUGCCGGUGUGGGACCGCGCGCUGUUGGUUGCCCUGUCGGAGGCCAGCGACGGCGGGGGCAGCGACGCCGGCAGCGCCGACGGUGGCUCGACGCGCGGCCGCUCCCCCUCCGCCGGCAGCCGCAGUGGCAGCGGCAGCCGCAUCAGCGUCGACAGCGGCGGCAGCAGCGCCGCCAGCCGCUCCACCGUCGCCAGCCGCGCCAGCAGCGGCGGCGGCAGCCGCGCCAGCAAGGACAGCAGCUUCUGGGGCGGGGAGUCCGCGUGGCACUGCGACGUGCUCAGCAAACGCAACGGCAUGGCGAUGCUGACCGGGGGCCUGGUGGGCAUGAUGGCCUGCCAGACACGCACCUGGCUGCUGCCGCGGCCCGCGAUCGCGGCGCUCAAGGCGCGCCUCGGCACGGCAAUGGCGUGGGAGGGGAAGGGCGCGCCGACGGCCAACGACGUGCUGAGCGCGGUGCUGGCGGCGAGCGUGGCGUGGGUCACGCCCGGGAAGGUGGCGCGGCGCGGCGGCCUCAACGUGCACGUCGUCGUCAAUGCGCGCGGGCGCUUCGGCCACGCCGCGGGCGCCGACUACUUUGGCAGCGACUCCCUACUGGUCCCGGUCUGGUGCCCCGCGGCGCUGCUGCCCGCGCCCGACGCGCCCUCCCCCGAGCCCAGCCCCGACCUCGUGGCUCACAUCCACUCUGCCCUGCGCGAGGCGCUCAAGCCCGCCGGCGCGGUGCGGCGCCGCUUCGAGUGGAUGGCGGCCGCGCAGGGCGCCGGCGUCGGCGCGCGCGUUCGCGCGUGCGAGGCGGCGGCGCUGCUGGCCGGGGACGUGUGCGUCGACAACGUCAGCAACUACCCGGUGUUUGAUCUGAAGUUUGGGGGCGCCGCCGCGGCGACGGCCAACGCGAUGCGCUUCAUCACGUGCCCACGGCUGGCCUGGGUCACGGCCGCGGGGCCCAACCCCGACCGCGAGAAAGGCGGCCCCUCUGGCGACCUGCGCAUUGCGCUGCCCCUCAAGCGCGCGCACUGGGCGCGCCUGGCCCCUUGGUGGACGGCCAUGGGGCUGACCCAGGUCAAGGCGGGGGGCACCCUGGACGUGGCCAUCUACCACCCGGCCAGCCUGCGCAACAUUCUGUCGGAGGCCACGCGCACAGCAAUCAUGGGGCUGUGA